GGACAUCCAGAUGUAUCAUUAAUACGUUUGAUAAUUUAUUGAUGUUGUGGCAAGGUUAUCUCUGAUAAGAUUUGUUUCCCCUAAUCAUCACACAAUAGUUCACGGAUAGGAUGAAACACGCCUCACCGAAGUUCCAUGCAUUAGUUAGAAUGUCAACGGGGAAUUAAGAACAGAUGCCUCCUUUUCCAAUCUAAAGUGAUGUUUGAUGGGAAAUUUCUUAUUCGAAGGUACACAGAAUUUCUUUAAUUAUACAUGAAGUGAUAGGUUUUGAUAUAGGUAGUUCAUCACAACAAACCAGCACCGCUAAUCAUUGUCUUGGACGGGAAGCAAAAUGACACUGCUGGCAUCAGCGUGCCCAAGUAAAUUAAUUUGAACUCAUCGUUUUCUUUGGGGAACGAAAUGCUAACGAAGAACUGUUCAUAUACACACCUGAUAUAUCUGUUAUUCAACAGAUUGGACCAAUAUACAUAUUUGUAACAAAAUCGCUGUUUGAAAACCUUAAACUAAUGUAAUAAACUAGUUGUGGAUAUUUCAGGUUAUACAAUAAAUAGUGUAUAUGCCACUAAGACAUGACUAUCACCUGUAUAUUUAUAGACAAAUGCUUAUUUCUGUCUUAUAUCUAUAUUACUCGCCUGUCCAUAGGAACCAUAUGCCCAAUGCUAAAACCUGUACAAAUCCACCACGUAAAUAGCCUUCUCAGUACCUACUGAUCUACCUCCUGUGGACAUGGAUGCUUUAAGCUGUUGUGCAAAUGAGUAACACAAGCUCAGAAACGUCCAGUACGGCAGGACUAACGCCAAAUGACGUCACUACGGCAGGCCUAACACAAAAUGGUGACAACAGUGGUACCAACGGCAGUGGAUUAGCUGUCGGUCUAUCGAUAGGAGGGGUGAUUCUAGCAGCAAUUCUGGUAUUCUUUGUGGCAUACUGCUUCUUCAGCCGCCGUAAGGACAAUGGAACAGACAGCGACAACAACAAUGUACAGAGAAUUUCCAUGAAUAGCGAGAAUUUUUCACACGUAACAAACUUGAAAAAGCUCGAGCCAUUAGAAAUCAGAAACGGAAAAACGAUUCCAAAACGCACAAAACCAACUCUGGAUGAAAAACGUGAAGCGGGUAAGGCUGAUGACCUCUCAGAUGUUGACCUUUCCCUGUUUUCGGGAGAAGGUCAACUGAAUCCAGCCUUCGUUGACGACGAAGAAUUAGGUCAUUCUAGACCUAACAACCGUAAGAUAUCCAGCACCGACAAAGACAGCAAUGUGGUGGUGUUUAAACUUGAAGGAGUCGUCAAAUUUGACGUAUCACAAAUGGCCGGGAUAGAAAAGAAUAUAGCAUUGUCACUCGAAAGUCGGACCGGUGGUGAGGUGCCAAAGAUCUCAACAGGCAACGGUGAGGUAAAAGCAGUGUUAGAUAAAGACGGUUCUGGUAGAACAGGGCAGGGUAGUGAUGUUCCGAAGGAUAAAAGUAUAUUAGCUGAUAAGCAGGAAACUGGAGGACCGAGAAAUGAUGUCGUCAACUAUGAAGCUAACCAGUAUAAUGAUUCAGAAUAUAAACAGAUUUCAAAAGUUAGUGAUUCUAGAAUAGUAACUAGUCAGGAAACAGUUCCAAGUGAAGGUAGCAGGCAAUUCUCCCCACAAUAUCGCAGUGACCAGGUUGAAGAUGUCCGUCCGGGAACAAGUAAGGGUAAAAUUCUAAAAAUACAUACCACCAGUGUGGAAGAGGAGGAUACAAUUCAGGUGAUAACCGAGGAAUUACCGUCUGGCUCACAAGAGAGGAAAACAAUGGCAGAUAGACCGGAAACAAAGAAAGACCCAUCAUUAAGUUCACAUGAGAGACAUUUACAGCAAGACAAACCCGAAUCCGUAGCAGUGGUAAUAGAGGACAGAUAUGUGCCUGAUAUAGCUAGUAGUAAUCAAUCUAAGUCUGUCUCUGGUAGGAGCUUCUCUGUUAUUGAAAAAUCAAUCGAUCUGGAUGAGGAAUACAAAAGGAGGCAUAGUGUACGGGGAAAGGAGGUAACAACGAUAUUUGUUGACAAUAACAUGGCAUCAGUCCGAGAUAGGAGACGAGGACGUCAUGACAGGAUCGUGUUCAAACCUAAUCAAGAAACUGAAAAUUCCUCGGGGAAAAACGAACACAGGAAACGUCAUUUAGACAAUGGACCACCUCUUAAGGGAAAGGAUAUGAACGUACCUGUCAAAUCAGAAUCUAGAGAGACUGGGAAAGUGAAAAAGUCGCGACAUAAUCCCUCAGAUAUACCAGAAGAACAUACCAGUCAACCAUACCCUAUCACAGCGGACACGGACACUAAUAAAAUUAAAAAAGUACCCACAAAACCUGUCCUCAAGCGAGAGGCGACAGAGUACGAAAUCCCGUGGGAUUUGACAGACGUGGGUGCACUUUUGAUGCAAAUUAACGAUAUUGCAGAGUCCGACUGAUAUUUCCUUUCUAACAUAUUUGCUAUUUCAUAUUGUUAUGUUAUCACUGUUUUAAUGUUACCAGUACAUUUGUACAUGUAUAAAUGACAGCGUGAAACAAGAGUGUGGAGAGCGAGUCUGUAAGGGAUGGAACUCUUCACAUCGUACACACAACACCUAUACAUUGUUGUAGAAUUUAGCGUUAGUUGAAUAUUUUAAAACAAUCAAAUUGUUUUUACACGUGUAAAAAAUAUAAUAUGCAUAAAAUGUGAUAUUUAUAUGA